UUCCCUUUUUUCCUUCUCUUUCUCUCUCUUAAUCUGUCAGUUUCUCUCUCUAUCUCCUCCAUUCCUCACUCACUCUCUCAAAAACUGCAAAUUUCAUCACGCUCCCAGAUCACCCUUUUCUCUUUCUCUCUCUAGGGUUCCACAAUCCAGAUUCUCUCUCUAUCAUUUUCUAGAGAGAGGAAAUUCAAAGCCUUCUUAAAGGAAUUUUGCCUUUCCUUCCUUUACAUUAGAUUCCUCUUGAUUCUGAUCAAAUUUUACCUCACCGAUUAAUUUUAUCCAUAAUCGCAGACGUAGAUCGGUAUUUUCUGCUAUAGAUUCGAUUUUAUUUGUUUUUUCUUCGUUUUUUGAUUGUUUUUUUGACGAUUGAUUGAAUUUUGGGUUACUAUCACAAUUAUUUGAUUAAAAUUUGGGGAAAUUGUUUGGCGGAUCUGUAAUUAUUGUUUGGAAUUGUGAUUUUUCGUAUCAAUUUGAUUCGAUUAUAUUGUUUAUUUGGAAGUUGUGUUGCUGAUUGCCCAAGGAGUAACGUCGUGUUAAUAUGUUUUGGUUAUUGCCAGAGAAAGUUAGGCCAGUUUGGUAGAAUUAGAUGAUAUGCAGCAGUUCUUUAAGAAAUGUUAUAAUUCAAGUCGGGUGCAUCGGGGUUCAAUCCAGAGGAAGUGUAUGGCUAGGAAUCACGGGACGAGCUUUGCAUGACAAACGUAGUCCCUCGUAUUCCUUGAGUUGUGAGAUUAGAAGGUUCAGGGCAAGUGGAAAAAUGAUGGUUGAUACUAGUUCUAUGCAAAAUCGGGGUUCCGUAGUGGGUGUCUUGCCAGAGAAAGGGGAGAAUGGUGGCUAUGCUAGUGGUGGAUGCAAAAGUGAAGAUGGAAAGUUAAGCUGUGGAUAUUCAAGUUUCCGGGGAAAGAGAGCUAGCAUGGAAGAUUUUUUUGAUGUCAAAAUGUCUAAAAAGAAUGGGAAAACUGUGUGCCUCUUCGGAAUUUUUGAUGGUCAUGGUGGUUCUCGUGCAGCUGAGUACUUAAAGGAUUAUCUCUUUGAGAAUCUCAUGAAACAUCCAAAAUUUAUUGAGGACACUAAAGUGGCUAUAAGUGAAACAUACAAGAAAACUGAUGCGGAGUUCUUGGAUUCUGAAAAGGAUACAUUCAGGGACGAUGGGUCCACAGCUUCAACAGCAGUACUUGUUGAAAACCAUCUUUAUGUUGCUAAUGUUGGAGAUUCACGCACAGUAAUAUCAAAGGCUGGAAAAGCAAUAGCCCUUUCUGAAGAUCACAAGCCAAACAGACUUGAUGAGCGGAAGAGAAUAGAGAGUGCAGGUGGUGUUGUAAUGUGGGCAGGGACUUGGAGAGUUGGAGGUGUAUUAGCCAUGUCUCGUGCUUUUGGCAAUCGCAUGUUAAAACAAUUUGUUGUGGCAGAACCUGAAAUUCAGGAACAAGAGAUCAAUGAAGAACUUGAAUUACUUGUGCUUGCCAGUGAUGGCCUUUGGGAUGUUGUCCCAAAUGAGGAUGCUGUUUCGAUUGCUUGGGCAGAGGAAGAACCCGAAGCGGCUGCUAGGAAAUUAACUGAGACUGCUUUCAACCGUGGUAGUGCUGACAAUAUCACCUGCAUUGUGGUAAGGUUCCACCAUGACAAUGCAGGUAGGCCCCAGUUCGAGCAGCAGAAGUCACUUGAGCUCCAUCAAGACACAAGUGCGCAACCUGAGCCUCAACAAGAAUUGAGCCAUGUACCCGAGCGCCAAGAGGAUCACAACAAUGUUGAGCUCCAACAAAAUCAGAAUAGUAUCUUGGAACUCCAACAAGACCAGAACAAUGACAUGGCGCUCCAACAAGACCAGAACAAUGACAUGGUACUCCAACAAGACCAGAACAAUGACAUGGAUCUCCAAGAUGAACAGAUGAAAGAAGUUGAUCAACAAGAUAAGAGUAAAGAAGCCGAGGUUGGACAGGAGCCUGGUCAAAGAAGCUAAGAACAAUGACAGAACACAUCUUAUAUGAGAAUAUUAUGUGUUAUAAUUUAAAUGUUACGUUUUAAAUUAUUCUCUCACAAGAAUGAAGACACUGUUAAAAAAGUACCUUCAAAGGAGUUCAAGCACUUGAUUUCAAAAAGUAUUUAAAAAAAAAAAAAUCAUUUCUCAGACAAUGUGCUCCUUUGUUAUUAUCCCAAGUAAAUGCAAAUUCCUCCAUAACUACUA